UUUUUCGUAUACAUGUGAUAAAAACUUGAUUUAAAUGGACUGUAAGGACGUAAUUUUUACACUGAUUUAGCUUGCAGAGAGAAAUAUAGGUCAGCAAAAUGAAACACCUUUUUGUUUUAUUUCUUCUUGCUUGCGUCGUUGGAGUAAGUUUAGGUGAUGGGUACUGUGGUUCUUUACCCCAUUGUGGUGAAGGGAUGUGCUGUUCAGGAGGAUUCUACCAUCGGUACUGUAGACGAUUAGCUGAUGAAGGUGAGCCUUGUGAACCUCGAAACAAAGCUGAAAAUUACAAAGUGGCAUGUCCAUGCAGCGACGGCAUGUUCUGCAGCGUAAUCAACAGAUGUCAAAAAGAGUAAUAUUUUUUUCUGAAUCAAUUAAGUCAAAGAGAUGCAUUAAGAAACCAUUUUAGUUGUUAACAGUAUGUGCUGUAUGCAUAUAUUGUACAGUUGAACUAAAUGUAACAAUGAAAAUAAAAUAUUUUUUGAUAAUGUU